AUGGAUUCAGAUUUUUUAGACACUUUCUUGAAGUUUAAUUCACUCGCAAGUGGCCGAGAUAAAUUGUUCAGAUUGUCACAGUAUGUGAGCAAGUUCAGUGCAUGGUAUUUACACAAAUAUGGUGUGGCUCCAGAAGCAGUCAUUAAACUUCAGCGACUUAGCAGCGCUUUGAGCACAACCAGGAAGUUUUUACGACUGGGAAAGAGUAUAGAUUUCCUUCAUGGAGCCCUUUGCAGUUUACAUUUAACGGAUUCUGCUCUUCGCUGGUGCAUUACUUUGUCAAAACUGAAUCAGUCGGUUUAUCUGUUUUUUGAUCACAUUAUUUUGGCAGGAAGAAUAGGAUUGGCUUCAAUUGACAAGGAUAAAUGGGUUACACUGUCAGCACGCUUUUGGAUUGUCACUUUAAUACUUAAUUUGGUUCGUGAUAUUUAUGAAAUUGUUAAGAUUUUUAUGCAAGAAUAUAAACUGCAAGCAGCAAAACUAUCACGAAGUCAUUACAAGAAUGGUGCAUCGGAACAUAGACAACUUACCAAGCCAAUUCUUACAAAUACACAGAUUAUGAAAAAAUGCAUUCUAGAAAACCAGCCAGUUUUUUUGGACUUCAUAAAGAAUCUUAGUGAUUUGGUUCUUCCACUUGAAACAUUAGGCCAUGUCAAAGUUUCACCUGGUCUCCAAGGUUUAGUUGGAAGCAUAUCAUCUGUUAUAUCAAUAGCAUCAUCAUGGAACCCAUUGUUAAGACUUGUGCCAUCGUAA